AUGGCAGCUGACUUUCUAGAGGAGAUUGAUUCUGCUCACAUACACCAAUCCAGCAGGGAUAUUCUGUGGUGGAAGCCAGAUCCUAAUGGUUUAUUUUCAACAAGAUCUGCUUACAAGGUGCUACAGGGGGCUCAUCAUAGUGUUAGUCAAGACAAUGUUCUAAACACCAUGUGGAAACUGAAAAUUCCUCCAAAAGUGAGUGCUUUUUCGUGGAGACUCCUCAAGAAUAGACUCCCUUCUAGGGACAAUCUCAGAAAGAGACAGGUCACAAUGCCUUCUUAUAGCUGCCCUCUUUGUCAUCAUGAAGAAGAAUCGAUUAAUCAUCUUAUUUUCAACUGUACAAUGACAAGGAGACUUUGGUGGGAGCCUUUGAGAUGGGUUAAUAGAGUGGGUCCUUUUUCCACAGACCCAAAGAACCACUUUUUGCAAUUCACUCAAUGGAACAACAAAGCUAGUAUAAACAACAGAUGGAAAUUUCUGUGGUUAGCUCUAUCCUUCUCCAUCUGGCAUCAUAGAAAUGCCAUGAUUUUCAAGAACCAGCCGUUUGAUCCUGAAAAGGUUAUGGAUGAUACCUUGUUCCACACUUGGUCUUGGUUAAAAUGUGCAGAGAAGGACUACACCAGGGACUACACCAUCCAUAUGUAG